AGCAAGUCUAGCUCAAGCCAGCUAGAAAAACUUCGAUUCCCAAUAGGAACGCUUCAGCCUCUCCGCAGUCCCGCCGCCACAGGGCCGGACCGCCAUGAAGAUUUUCGCCGUUUUCGCAGGUGUUACCGCUGCCUCUGCUCAGAUGCCCCCUGGCAGCUGGUCCGAGGCGGUCAACAACAUCUUUGACAAGUAUUUGCCGCCCAGGCAUGAACGUCAGGCUUGCCCCUUCUCCCGCAUCUCUGAGCAGUGCGAGAUUCUUAACAGCACUAUGACGGAGGUCAAGGCAUGCCACGCUGCAUGUGGCCAUGGUGAUUUCAAUUGCCACCUUGCUUGCCCUAAGGCAAAACCAACCUCGGUACAGGAGCUGGUGAAAUUGGGCGAGGCCAUGGUCUGCCACAAGGCCUGUGGCAGGGACGUGUCCUGCCACAGGACCGCUUGCAGCUGUCCUUUCGGGCAGAGGCUGGCGGCGUGCGGGAAGCUUGCAGACACAGUCCAAUGUCACAAGGCGGGUGGCAAUCACUCGACGUGCAGUCUCGACAAGGACGCAAAGGCGCUGCUGCUGCAGGAGCCGUGGAGCCUGGUGCAGGACGUGGCGAACCACGUGGUGGACUACCUGCUACCCCUGCCGGUGGAGCAGCAGGCCACUGAGGACGAGGUGCGGGGCUGUCACAUUGGAUGCCGCGGCGACCACGACUGCCACAAGGCAUGCCCGAGCGGGCCGUUUGGCAUCCUGAAGGGCCAGUGCGAGGCAUUGAACACGACGGCGGCCUGUCAUCGGUCGUGCAAGGCGCAGGCCAUCAAGUGCCCGUUCCAGAAUAUGGCCUGUCACAUGAAAUGUCCAAUGUCGAUGCCGGCGUCCGUGGAGGAGUUUAAGCUGUUGGCGGGGCACAUGGCUUGUCACGUGGAGUGCGGCAAGGACGAGCAGUGCCACAAGUCGUGCGUCAAACCGAUGCUGUGGACGGAGAAAGAGGAGGUGUGCGGAAAUUACAAGUCGAUGGUGGCGUGCCACAGAGAUUGUAGGGGCCAUGGGCAUGAGUGCCACAGGAGUUGCCCGUCCGUCCACAUUAGUGACAAGGCCUCGCUGUCUCUGGCGAGUCCACCAAGCAACGUCGUGAAGGAUGCUGUGAGCCGCAUUCUCAUCUGAGGUCGCUCGCCGUCCUCCACGUCCUCCUUCAGACUUCGGCCGCCCGUGCUGACCCCACUACCGCCUUUGACGGACAAGGCUAGUUGACAGCUCGUGCUGCCCAUGCAUGGUUUGUGGCAUUGUACAUAUGUGCAGCUCGAAAAUGCAGUCUGGCAGCAAGUUCAGUCCAAGGGUGGAUGGACAGUACAGGGCAUCACAUUUUCAUGCCCAUUUCCAGAACUCGCCGUGAGUUCAUGGUUUGAUGGUGAAUUCUAUAACCUUUCAGUGAGUGCUGCGAUUGCGUAGGUGGUGAGUUCAUGUACAAUUUCAACUCGACGUCGUAUCGAUCCGAGCUCGCACGGCGAUUAUGGCUUCAGCUGGACGUUCUCCCCUCUGUCUCCUCUCUUCCUCCUGUUCCUCCUCCUCCUCCUGCUCCUCCUCCUACUCCUCCUCCUCCUCCUCCUCCUCCACCUCCUCCUCCUCCCUCGUCCUCCUUUCAAGCGCGAUGUUUGGGGACGCUCGGCCUCCUUCUAAGCAUGCUUUACCAUCAGUGCUACGCCAGCCAAGGUAUCGCGCGCGGGUUCGCCUGUUUCAGCUCGGUCUUCGUGUGACUCUGGGAUUGCUUUUAUUGUGCGCACCGUUGUGUCCGCAGGAGUGGGGUGUUUGACCGAAAGCAAGAAUUUUGACGGUCCUGUGGACUUCACCAGACAUGCCAGAGCAUACGGGGUCAGUAUACCUGGUCAUAAGGACUGCGCUUCUCGAGACCUCUUCAGGG